AUGUCCCGUCGUAACAGACCCAAUGCGUUCGAAGUCUCGUUUGGAGAGAAGUUGGACCCGAGUCCGGCUUCCAAGCCGUCAAGCCAGGCGAGCAGUCAGGCUACGUUGGUGGGGAGCAGAUCUGGCACUGCUACCCCAUUGAAAAGGCCCAGUGAGGGCCCAGAAGAUCACAGGCCCGCCAAGCGCAGAGAACUUCCAGCUGUCCGGUACUACAAGAAACCGCGUGGGGUCACCAGUGUUACCUAUGAAGAUAGGGAAUUCAUUCUCGAGGGAGAGGACCCUGACUCUCUCGAAGAGGGCGUCGAAGAGAAACCGAUCCGAAUCUUGGACUGCUUCGCCUUUUUCGAUCCUAAACACAGAUGCGAAAUGUUACCACUGGAUGCUAUGGAAAAAGAGGACCGGUUCGAUCGACAGUUUGAAGCUGCGGGUUUUGUACGAGUCAAGUUGAAGCAUGACGACGAUGAGGUCGAAGAAGAUCCAAACCCGCCAUACCUCAGACUGGGUGCUGUUUUACGCUUCUGGGUUGACUUACUCAAUGGCAUUGAGCCAGUCUGGAUCGAGACUGAAUGCGCGUGGUAUAUCCUAGAUGAACCGGACGAUCAAUACCGUGCUUUCUUCCAGCAUUUCUAUGUCCCCAUAUCCCUUGCCCAGAUGUUGUUCUCAGCUGCUCUGCAACCCAAGUCUAGGAUCACCCGGGCACAGUUUGUACGGGAGCUAACGCAAUCUACGGACAUCUUUGGAAGGACCUGGCAGGAAGAGGACCUUCAUACCUAUAUGUUGGAUCUGCAAGAAGCCCUCGAGGAUGCCGAGCCCGACCCGAACGACGAAACUGAGGAGGGGAAAAUUAACAGGAGAAAGUACCAGGCUCUGCUUUCCAAUCCCGCCGUCAUAGCCAUAUGCAAACGGGCGACAGAGAGAGGACCACGACGCCGUAUAAGACCACCCCGUUGCAACCAACCCUCUCCGAAGGACAGGUUAAUUGGCGACGCGGAUGAACACGUCCUGCUUCCCGAGAAUCAAAACACCACGCAUGUGACGCCCUUCGUUGCCAGCCUUGUCGAAGGGCUUAUUCAAGAAGACUUGAAGGUCGUUGGUGCUCCGUUGCCCACCCCCAGCAAGGCGGUCUUGGAAAAGGAGCAGGUGCAACGGACGAGGCUCCUGAGGAAAUUGGUCGACCGCGCGAGGCAAAAGAAAGUCAAGACACAAUGGCAUACAGAUGAUCAGGUCAAGGAAGGCUCUGUUGGCGACGUGAUUCUUGUCACGAACGACACCGCCCCAUUUUGGACGCAUGUUGAUCAACUGAGCCAGGAGGAAAUCGACGAAGCGACUCACAAUAAACGGCUCUCGGAUUUCUUUUGGUUUGCCAUAAUACGUUCGAUCAACCGCAGUGAAUCUUUGGUCCAUAUCCAGUGGUUAGAACACGGAUGUAACCUCCUCCAUGAAGAGCAAGCGAACCCUCAGGAGUUAUUUUACACCAACUUGUGUUGUAGCCUUCCAUGGAACAACGUGCUCGGCAAAGUCACAGUUCACUGGCAUCCUCAAGGCAUCGUGAAGAUUGAUCCUCAUGAAUUUUAUUGCAGAAUGGUGUACGACCAAGAAUUCUCCUCGUUUGUAUCCAUCAACCGCGAGCAGUACUCUCGCUUAGAAGCUGAAUCGCCCCCAGAGAAUUGUCCAGCUUGCCAGUACAGCGAGAUGGUUCAAUCCAUGAAUGAGUGCAGACGGCUGAAGGACGACAAUGGGGUGUACAACGGGUUCACAUACCGCGGCCACAAGUAUCAUUUGGAUGACUUUGUCUUAUAUGUGGAUUCUUCAAAACCGCCCCCGACUGCACCUGCAAACAUUGGCUACAUCAUCGAAGCAAAACCAAUGGAAUGCAGCGGAAAGGAACACGUGGGCUACGUCACAGUACGCAAGGUUGGGAGGAUUGUCGAUUUGAUUUCCAUAUUGCCCAGUAACAUUCCACAUGACGAGAGGCACUUGUUUUUAACGGAUGAGACUCAGAAGGUUAGCAUCGAAGAUCUUCGUUGUGUGGUUUAUGCUCCUUGUCGCAAGUCUCUCGAAGGCCGCUACACGCUAGAUGAAUGGGUUAAACUCUCCUCGGAUCAUUUCUAUCUCGAGUACAAUUUCCCCAGACUUGAGCGCAACUCGUGGCGCGAUAGAGUUGAGGUGAAAUGCGAGGAGCAUCGAGUUUGCACGACGUGUUGGAAAGAAAAGCUGCACAACCUGCGCCUAGAGAAACAGUUCUUGAAGGAGAUGGAGAAGAAGCCGCUGAAAACACUGGAUGUUUUUGCUGGCGUACUUGGGUAUAGCAAGGGUUUAUCGGAGGGCAGCGGGUGCAUGGAGAUUACACAUGCAAUAGAAAUCUCACCGAGUGCAGCACAAACGGCGAAGCGAAAUUCUCCAAAAACAGUUGUGAUUAAUCAAUGUGCCAACGCAGUCUUCCAAUACGCCAAGAAAUCGCAUGAGGGAUUCCAAGUCGCACCUCCCGUUCAGUUGUGGGACAGCAAGGAGAAGAUUCCUUCGCUCCCUCCACCAGGAUCCUUCGACGUCAUUGUCAUAGGCUUCCCAUGUCAGGCGCACUCGGCCUUGAACAUGUACAAGAAAGCCAGUGAUGUAAAGAAUAACCUGGUCCUGAACGCCAUCUCCUAUAUUCAGUACAUGGGAGCUCGCAUAGUCUAUCUGGAGAACGUUAUGGGCUUUAUGAGGACUCCUCUUAAUGCCCGGCAAGCUUCACCAUAUAAAGUUCAGGGCGGGAUCGAGAUGGGCGCACUCAAGGUCCUCAUUCGGGCGCUAUUGGAUAUGGGGUAUCAGCUGCGAUUUGCUGCUCUGCAGGCGGGACACUAUGGCACCCCUCAGGGUAGAGAACGCUUCAUUCUUGUCGCUGCUCUUCCUGGAACCCAGUUGCCAGAGCUUCCACAGCCGACACACGCCUUCCCUUCGACUCAACUGGGACUUAAGCUCCACUACGGAGGUGAGGAGAAGCUCAUCAAGCCCAUCCGGACAGCGCCAGGGACAGCCCCGCAUCACCCUGUGACUACCGAGGAUUCCAUUGGCGACCUAGCUCCAUUCGAUUGGGUGGCUCCAGGAGCUAGGGCACGUCCUAGGAUGGAUGAGAAGGGCAGGCCCGUUAAGGUCAUCGUUUGCGAUAACAGGGAGAGCAAAACCUGCGGCGUUGACGAGGACGAACCUUAUCACACCAAACCUCGAACUCGAUACCAGAUGGAAAUGAGGCAGGUGCGGGAAAGCACGCGCCCUCUAUCAGACCUGCAGCACUUCACGAAAGCCUUUAAACCUGAGGUGGUCCGCAGGGUUACGAAGAUUCCACGUAGGGACGGUGCUUCUGUUGGUAAGAGAGGCUACAAGGUCAAGACCUACGCGCGAGUGUCCAGAAAAGGAUUCUUCCACACCAUUGUCACCAAUAUCUCACCGACUGCGAAACAGAGUAGUGUUAUACAUUACAUCGACAACCGAAUCCUCAGCAUCCGGGAACUUGCAAGGGCUCAGGGAUUUCCAGACGAUUUUGUGUUUGUAGCAAACAAGGUAGAAACGAUACAUCGCCUAAUCGGUAACGCAGUUCCAAUACCCCUGGGCAAGGCGUUGGGACGUGAACUUCGCAAGGCCCAAUUCGAACAGUGGAAACGCGAGAGGGAAAAUGCCGGAGCAGGUUCGGGAGAUGGUGAUGGUGACGACGAUGAUAUCUAUUCGUGA